AUGGGCAACGCCGCCCUGCAUUACGCGCUCGCCCACCUCAGGGAAGUUCAAGGCGGUGCGGCGACGACGGGCCGCCGCGCGACGAACCUGGCUACCUCGGAACCUAUUGGCAUUUACCCGCGAUGGUGGGCUGGGUGUUGGAACAAGUGCGGCGUGCUGAAUCGGCCGAUACGCGUGUUCGUGCUGUGGUACGGCGUGUUCUCCGACGCUCAGAAGCAGACGGUUCGCUCCUUUGUCGCAUCGCUCAACCCCAACGCUGACGCCGCCGUCACUGUUCCAUUGUGGUGGAACAUCAACCGGCUCUACUACGACCAGGAUGGCAACCACAUAUCGCAAUCGGUGACGUGGGGCGGCGAGAUCGAGGACAGGGCUUACAGCAAGGGCAAAACACUGCUUUCAAGCCAAGUAGAGAGUCUGCUUGGUUCGGCCAUCAGCAGCCAACGGCUGCCGCACGACCCUAGUGCCGUCUACUUCCUCCUCUCGGACGAGUUCGUCACACAGAAAUGGGGCAACCAGAGCACGGCUCAGAAGUUCUGCACGGACUUCUGUGGGUGGCACUACUACGCAUGGGCCGACAUGUACGGCGACUACAUCUACUCCUGGGUCGGCAAGGCAAACCUGCUCUGCCCCUCGUCCUGCAUUCCCAGCGACAUCCGCAACAACACCUCUUUGGCCCCCACGGGCGACCCAGGCAUGGAUGGCCUCGUGUCUGUCUUCGCUCAUGAGUUUGCAGAAGCCUCCUCCAGCCCCUUCAUCUCCACGUGGUUCGCGCCCCUCAUCCCUGAAGCCUCUGGCAUCAAGUACAACCUCGUGGGGGUCAACGGCUCCAAAUUCCUCAUCCAGCAAAACUGGAACCUCGUAUCUGGCUCCUGUGCGCUAACCAUCCCAUACGCACCAUCCCCACCACCACCUAGGCCCCCAUCACCUCCCACACCUCCUAGUCCUCCCCCACCUCCCUCACCUCCCCCUUCCCCUCCACCCUCACCACCUCCGCCAUCUCCUCCCCCUUCCCCGCCACCCCCACCAUCUCCUCCCCCUUCACCCCCUCCUCCGCCUUCUCCUCCUUCACCCCCUCCUCCAAAGCGUGCGCCCCCACCAAAAAAGCCGCAAAAGAAUGGCUUUGAGCCCAUCGGGAUCUCCCCGCAUUGGGGGACGCCGUGGUGCGAGAACAAGUGCGGCGUGCUGCAUCGGCCGAUACGCGUGUUCGUGCUGUGGUACGGCGUCUUCUCCGACGCUCAGAAGCAGACGGUUCGCUCCUUCGUCGCAUCGCUCAACCCCAACGCUGACGCCGCCGUCACUGUGCCAUUGUGGUGGAACAUCAACCGGCUCUACUACGAUCAGGAUGGCAACCACAUAUCGCAAUCCGUGACGUGGGGCGGCGAGGUGGAGGACAGGGCUUACAGCAAGGGCAAAACACUGCUUUCAAGCCAAGUAGAGGACCUGCUCGGGUCGGCCAUAAGCAGCCAAAGUCUGCCGUACGACCCUCGCGCCGUCUACUUUCUCCUCUCGGACGAGUUUGUCAAUCAGAAAUGGGGCGACAAGGUCACGUCCGAGAAAUUCUGCACGCAUUUCUGUGGGUGGCACCACCACUCAUGGGCCGACGAUUACGGCGACUAUAUCUACUCCUGGGCCGGCAAGGCAGACCUGAUCUGCCCUUCAACCUGCAUUCCCAAGGAGAUUCGUGGCGACGCGUCCCUAUCCCCCACGGGCGACCCAGGCAUGGAUGGCCUCGUUUCUGUCGUGGCCCACGAGUUUGCAGAGGCCACCUCCAGCCCCUUUGUCUCCACGUGGUACGACGGGGAAGGCUACGAGAACGCUGACAAGUGCGCCUGGAAGUUCACCCCCCUUGCCUCUGACGUCUCAGGCAUCAAGUACAAUCUGAGCGGCGUGGGGCGGGGCACGGCCACACUCGCGCCGCAAGGUGCAUCAGCAGCGGCAGAAAGAGCAGGGGUAGUAUGGACGGCAGGCGUUGGGAAGCCGCCAUUCGGUAUUUCGCCGCACUGGUGCGCGGACGGGCGGUGCGGCGUGCUGCACCGGCCGAUCCGCGUGUUCGUGCUGUGGUACGGCGUGUUCUCCGACGCCCAGAAGCAGACGGUUCGCUCCUUCGUCGCAUCGCUCAGCCCCAACGCGGACGCCGCCGUCACUGUGCCGCUGUGGUGGAACGUGAACCGGCAGUACCACGACCAGGCUGGACGGCGAGUGACGGAAACUGUCACUUGGGGCGGCGAGACGGACGACGCGGGAUACUCCCGAGGCGCCACGCUCUACGACGCUGACGUCACGGCACUCCUCGCUGACGCCAUCACGAGCGGCAGGCUGCCUUAUAACGCGGAUGGGGUGUAUUUCGUGCUGUCAGACGCGCGUGUGGCGCAGACGGGCAGCGAAAAUCCCGAGGCGGACCGCUUCUGUGAUGCGUUCUGCGGGUGGCACUUCUUUGGCUCGGCACCUGGCUUCGGCACGUUCAUUACUGCGUGGACCGGCAAGGCGGACCUUCAGUGCCCCACGUCCUGCAUAGCAACAGACAUCCGCAGCAACGCCUCGCUAUCCCCCACGGGCGAUCCAGGCAUGGAUGGCCUCGUGUCUGUCUUCGCUCACGAGCUCACAGAGGCUGCUGCCAGCCCCUUCGUCUCCACGUGGUUCGACAGUGAAGGAGAGGAGAACGCCGACAAGUGCUCAUGGUCGUGA